UGAGCUCAGCAGCAGCAGCAGCAGCAGCGGGGAACUGCACAUUGUUUUGGAUGGGAGUUGCGCUGUCAUUCCCCUCCGAGUGCAUCUCUGAGCGACGCAAAUGCGAAGUGGCAACAUCAGCAAGGCUUAUUGUUUGAGAAGUCAUGCUGAAAUCAUGCUGUUAUUUUUGCGACGGUGGAGGCACAGCUUACGAAAAUAACUGCACAUCUGUAUCUCAAAUGUCGCUAUUUCUGGAAUGAUAUAAAUGAGGCGGUUUUGGACAACAAGGCUUUUUUGGGGGGAAUGACGCGCCGGUGGAUGCUUUACCUCAGAGCAGACUGGAGAAAGUUACGUUACAUAUUGGAUAUAACGUUAAUAAAUUCAUGCAUUGUAUGACAACAAACUACAAAUUGUCACAAAACUACGAGGAGUGGAGAAUUCACAGUUUAAAAGCUAAAGUCUAGUGAAGGCUGUAACCUCAUCUCUGUGCUUAGAUCAGAGGAGAUCAGGAGGAUGGAUUUUGGCAGAAGAAGAAUGUCUCCACGCUUCAGGAUUCAGGAGCUCAGGACGUACCUGUUCACUUUUAUGGUGUUUUACUUGUUAGUGUGCACUGAAGGAUCCUAUUCUAAAACCUGUGAUAAAAACUGCAUCUUUGGUAGAUGUAUCAAUGGAACUUGCGUCUGUGAACGCGGAUGGGCUGGGGAUCAGUGUCAACACUGCCAAGGGAGAUUCAAGUUGACAGAGUCAUCAGGAUCACUCACUGAUGGACCAGUUAACUACAAGUACAAGACUAAAUGCACUUGGCUGAUUGAAGGAUACCCAAAUGCUGUGCUCAGGUUAAGCUUCAACCAUUUUGCCACAGAGUGCAGUUGGGAUCACAUGUAUGUCUUUGAUGGAGACUCAAUAUACGCACCUUUGGUAGCUGUGUUUAGUGGCCUGGUUGUCCCAGAAACAAAAGGAAAUGAAACCAUUCCUGAGGUGGUGACCACAUCUGGAUACGCAUUGUUACACUUUUUCAGUGAUGCUGCCUACAAUCUUACAGGAUUCAACAUCUUUUAUUUGAUCAACUCCUGUCCUAAUAACUGUUCAGGUCAUGGAAGGUGUACAACGGGCAACUCCAUCUCCAGCAGUGUUUACUGUGAGUGUGAGCGAUACUGGAAAGGUGAGGCCUGUGAUAUUCCCUACUGUUGGGAUGACUGUGGCAGUCCUGACCGCGGAUACUGUGACCUCACCGGAGAAAAGCUCUGCGUCUGCAAUGAUAGCUGGCAAGGUCCAGAUUGCUCUUUAAAAGUUCCUUCGGCUGAACCGUACUGGUUUCUGCCUAACGUGAAGCCUGAUGGACAGUCACUAGGCCGGGCUUCCCAUAAAGCAGUGGUUCAUGGGAAGCUGAUGUGGGUGAUUGGAGGGUUCACCUUUAACUAUAACUCCUUUCAGAUGGUUAUAAAGUAA